AUGGCAUUCUCUAGUGGAAUAACAACUUCUUCAGGUUCACUUCACAACACAGAUUUGUACCAGCAGCAGCAGCAGCUUCAGAGGAAGAUGUCGAAUCGUGAAUCAGCUAGGCGGUCUCGGGUACGAAAGCAGAAGCACUUGGAUGAUCUGAUGGCUCAGCUGGCUCAGCUCAGAAAAGCAAACAAUCAGUUGGUCAUGAUGAUGAAUGUCACCGCUCAACGUUUACUUCAUGUGGAGGCAGAAAACUCUGUCUUGAGAGCUCAAAUGGCUCAACUCGACGCCAGAUUGGACUCGCUCAAUGAAAUCAUUGGCUUCUUGGAUGCUGAAAAGGAAGGGUUUGCCUUGGAUGAGGAGUUCUGUUACAAUGCUGUUAAUGACUCUGCGGAUUUGUUCCAUGAGUUAUAUGUAUGCUAA